AUGUUCAUUGGUGGUUUAAACUGGGAAACGACAGACCAAUCACUGAAGGACUAUUUCUCCCAGUUUGGCGAAGUCCAGGAAUGCACAGUCAUGCGCGACAGCGCUACAGGCCGCUCCCGAGGCUUUGGGUUCUUGACCUUCAGAGACCCGCGGACCGUCAACACGGUGAUGGUGAAGGAGCACUACCUGGACGGCAAAAUCAUCGACCCCAAACGCGCCAUCCCGCGCGACGAGCAAGAGAAAACGAGCAAGAUCUUCGUCGGCGGCGUCAGCCAAGAAGCAAACGAGCAAGACUUCAAGCAAUUCUUCAUGAAAUUCGGCCGCGUGGUCGACGCCACCCUGAUGAUCGACAAGGACACCGGCCGGCCCCGCGGGUUCGGCUUCGUGACAUUCGACAGCGAAGCAGCCGUCGAAGCGGCCCUCUCGCGCCCGCUGGAGAUCCUCGGCAAGCCGAUCGAGGUGAAGAAGGCCCAGCCGCGGGGUAACCUGCGCGACGAAGAAGACCGCCGAAACCGCCGCGGCAGGGACGGGUUCCGCGAGGGAAGCCAGGCCGGCGAGGGCGCCCAGCAGCAGCAGGGCGCACAGGGCCAGGGCGGCAUGCCUGGCGGCUUGACGCCCCAGAUGAUGGCACAGUACUGGCAGCGCAUGCAGCAAUACUUCGCCAUGAUGCAGCAGCAGAUGGCAGCCGCCAACGCCGGGGGUCAAGGCAUGGGCGGCGCGGUCGGCAUGGGCGGCAUGAGCCCCGCCAUGAUGCAACAGCUGCAAAUGAAGCAGAUGCAGCAGAUGCAGAUGGGCAAUCCCCAGCAGCAGCAGCAGCAGCAGCAGCAGCCGCCGCCGCAACAGCAACAGCCGCCUCAGCCACAAGGCAGCAUGAGCCCCCCUUCGCAGAGCGCGACCCCACAAAUGCAGAACAUGAUGAACCCAGCCAUGAUGCAGCAGAUGCAACAGAUGCAACAGAUGCAGCAGAACCAAGGCCAAGCCGUGGACCCCCGCAUGAACAGCCCCAUGGGAGGAGGAGGCAGCGGCGAUCCCAACAGCCCCGGGAACUUCUCUGCCGCGCGAGGCGCCGGACCCGGCUACAACGCCCACGAGCAGAUCGCCUUCGAGCAGCAGAAGUACGAGCAGCAGCAGGCCCGCCGCGUCAUUGAGAAUCGGGCCUUCUCGCCUUAUCAGCAGGGCGGGCCGACUUCUUGGGAGGGCAUGUACGAUGAGGUUCCGCAGCCGAAUAUCCCUACGGGGCCGCAGGCUAUGAACCGUGCGGGCAGUAUUGGUCGUGGCCCAACCCCCCAACCCCAAAGCUCAGCCCCUGCAAACGCCCCCACGGGCCCCAAGAACGCCGGCAAGCCGGGAGCGAACUACCGCGGCGGUGGCCGUGGAGGCCACAGGGGUUUCCACCCUUACGCUAGAGGUUGA